AUGUCGAAUAACAGCGCCUUGGUGCCGCAGGUCAAGACCGGUACCUCCAAAUGUACGCCCGCUGCAUGCCCUUACCUCGCGCAUACCUAUGCAAUAACCCCCCACGCUAAUACCAAGCCUCAAUCCUUAGCAUCCAAGACCGUCUUUCAUUUCGCCGCUGGUCUCUGCUCAGGCCUAACAUCGUCCAUCCUCCUCCAGCCCGCCGAUCUCCUCAAAACGCGAGUCCAGCAAUCCGGACACGGCGCCACCCUCCUCCCAACCCUCAAGACAAUCCUCGCCUCUCCACAUCCCAUCCGCUCAUUAUGGCGCGGUACACUCCCCUCAGCCCUUCGCACGGGGUUCGGUUCGGCCCUAUACUUCACCAGCCUUAACGCCCUACGCCAAACAGUCGCCCAAGAAAACACCCACACCGUCCUAGCCAACUCAACAACAACAAAUUCCUCCUCCGCCCUCCCCAAACUCUCCAACUCCGCCAAUCUCGUCACAGGAGCCAUCGCUCGGGUCGCCGCUGGCUUCGUCAUGAUGCCUGUCACUGUACUCAAAGUGCGCUACGAAUCCGACUACUACGCCUACCGCAGUCUCGUUGGCGCCGGCCGCGAUAUCGUACGCACAGAAGGUUUCCGCGGUCUCUUCGCGGGCUUCGGCGCAACGGCAGCCCGUGAUGCCCCCUAUGCCGGUCUCUACGUCCUCUUUUACGAACAACUGAAGCGACGACUAGCGAACAUGGCUGCAAAAGACUCAAGUAGCAGCGACGGGCCGGCAACAUCAUCUUCUCCAUCCAUCAAUUUCGUCUCCGGUGCAGCCGCGGCCGGGAUUGCGACCGCCAUCACGAACCCCUUCGAUGCGGUCAAAACCCGUCUUCAGCUCAUGCCUGCCAAAUAUGGAAACAUGGUCCGCGCGGUGCGCAUCAUGAUCCAUGAAGAUGGCAUGCGCAGCCUUUUCGGUGGGCUAGGACUGCGCAUCGGCCGGAAGGCGUUUAGCUCUGCUCUUGCGUGGACCGUAUAUGAGGAGCUCAUCCUCCGUGCGGAGAAGCGAUGGGCGGAAAAGCAUGAGAUGGGCUUGUAA